GAUCAAUGUGUCAGAGGACAUGUCCCUACGGGGCACAACUGGGGACAACAGCGGCUUUGUGGCGGGGUAGGAAAGGGAGAAGGAGAAGGAGGAGGGGGAGGCGGAGGGGGAGGAGGAUGAGGCGGUGGAGGAGGAGGAGGAGGAGGAGGAGGAGGAGGAGGAGGAGGAGGAGGAGGAGGAGGAGGAGGAGGAGGAGGAGGAGGAGGAGGAGGAGGAGAGCCCCGUGGAGCCAGACCCGUACCCUGAGAGAAAGAAGUGUCGCGGUGCUGCAGCAGAGGCAGACAAGCUACAUGAGCCUGAGAGUACUGCACAGAAUGCUUGGGGGGUGCAUGAAUUUCGGAAGCCCGCCCCUGUAGAGGUUGUUGAUGAGGACAACUGU